AUGCCGGAAGAAGAUCACGAUACAAGCAGGAGUGAGAAUGCGCCGACGUGGCGGGCGUGCGAUAAUUGUCGAAACAGAAAGAUAAAAUGUGAUAAAAGAUCACCUUGCUCCAACUGCAGAGCUUCGAAUCUCGCGUGCCGGACAGCCAACAGACCCAGAGAACAGCGGCAACGGAUCUUGAUAUCUGAUCAAUAUGAGAAGAAAAUCGAGAUCAUUGAAGAGCGACUGGCUCGUAUUGAGGGCUUACUUGAAAACCUGACCUCUCUUUCGGCCACUUUUCAACAUCUAGCACCAGCAAUGAAUCCAACAAUCGCAGCUACAAGAUCCAUACAAGACACACUCAAGAUAGAAAAGAUUCCCGUACAAUCCCCACCGUCACUACCAGCACAACCACCAACACCCUCAACCCGGGGCGACCAUACCCUCAAAGCAGGCCACAGCAACACCACCAACGUCGCCUUUGAAGGCGCCUCAUCUUUAAGCGCCCAUUCAGUGCACGCAAGCAGCAUCAUCGAAAAUGCUAUGAGCAACGACUAUACAUCAUUCACUCGCGAUCCCGAGAUGCAGGAAGCUCUCUUUGCGCUCCGACAUCUCAUUGACAAACAGCAUUCGCCGCCUGUGAACCACGACUACCGCUUUCCGAAUCAGCAGGUCGAUGCAUCUUCUUGUAUUGAUUUUUCGUCGGCAAAGAUGCCGCCUCUUGAGUCCGUGGUGUCACUUUUGAGACUUUGUAAGGAAUCUCAGAAUUUCCUGCAACAUCCAUUUAUCGACUUUGGGCAGUUCAAUGAACUGUGCAAAAAGGUCUACUUCGCGACGGAGGACUACUCUCUUGGUACAUUCGCCCUAGUCAAUGGAGGGCUGUUUUAUUUGUUCCAGCAAAUAUCCUACCUAGAAGGAAAGAAUGUCCCCGAAGCCGCUGCGAAUGCAGUCAUAUGCCGUGCCAACCUCGAAUAUGCUAUUAGUCGGUUCAGUGUCUUCAUGGCGCCUAAUAGCGAGAACCUUCAAGCAAUACUCAUUGGUGCGUCUUACGCAAUCGACAUAUCGCAACCCUCUCUCUGCUGGGCCCUCGUCUCAACAGCAGCGCGUCUCUGCCAAACGCUCGGCUACCACAGAUCUGUCGGCUCACCGGGCGACAAUCAGCUCGACACCAACCUUAAGAAGCGCAUGUUUUGGUUCACCUACAUCCUCGACAAAUGCCUAUCACUUCGAAUGGGCCACUCUUCCAUCAUGCAAGACUUUGACAUCACUUUACCUCUCUCUGAUCUAUCGGCAGACUCCCAAAUGACAAUGUGGGACAUCAUGUACCACCAAUGGAUAAAAAUCGGCUACUUCCAAGGCCGCAUCUACGAAGAACUGUACUCUCCCCGUGCGCUUUCAGAACCAGCAGCAGAUCGAACUCAAAGGGCAAAACAGCUCACAGCCGAUAUGCAACUAUGGUAUCAAGAAUCGCAAAACCAGCUCGAUCCCUCGCGAGCAUAUAACCCGCUUUAUUAUGCUGCCGCCGCGUCGUCAUCCGAGAUUAUGUAUUAUGGUCUUUCGACGUUGGCGUAUCGAGCUGUUCCGCCGGGGCCGUUGGAUAGCUCUACUAUCUUCAGUAACGAAUGUAUCGGUAUGGCCAGGGAGGCGUUGAGGGCUCAUCAGCGGAAUACCGAGCGAUAUAAACAUACAAACAGCUAUAUCUGGCAUGGAUACAUUUCUUGGGUCCUAAUUAACUGCCCCUUUACUCCCUUCAUGGUCCUCUUCUGUCACGCCAUCGCAACCGCAAACCUGUCGGAUGUGAAAUGCCUCGGAGACUUUGUCUCUUCUCUCCAAACGUCCGGUGAAGCAGUCGAGGCAGCUGAGAAACUUCGUCGACUAUGUCACGUCUUCCAUCGUGUUGCGGAGUUGUAUAUUCAGACCAAGAUUCAACAGCAGCAGCAUCAUUACCAGUACGAUAGUGGCAGUGGUGGGGGUCUUGAGCAGAGUCAACUAAACAACAUGCAAUAUCAUCAAGAGCAGCAGCAAUCCCUAACCUCGCCUUCAGCAUCAACGACAACACCACUCAACAUCCCACCGACUCCUCAGCCCAACACCACCACCAACGCCAACAACACAUUCAAGUACACCAACCCCUCAUCGUCAUCACAAUUCCCCAUAGACGAUUUUGAGCCGUACCUCAGUGCCCUCGGAUUUCCGAAUGCGGCUGGUUUCUUGAACAUAGGUCAACAACAACCACCACCACAGCAGAAUGGAUUAGCACCGCAAAUGACCGCGACGGCAUCAGCAGUGCCAACAGAUUACACAGCCGAGAAUCUCGAAGCGAGUCUCGGCAGUGGCGAUGCAAUGUCCCUGGAGAAUUGGUUUAAUGGGAAUGUUAAUCUUAUGUCGCUGUUGGAGAUGGAUUUAUCGAGUAUUAUUAAAUAG